GCCGAAGCGAGGUACGGCUCCCUGUCCCCGCGGAGGGGCCAGAGCAGGGCGCGCAACUCCGGCGGGAGCUGUCCCGGGUCGUGAGCCGGCCCCGCCUUGGUGGCGGCGCCCCCUCGCGGUCCAGAGUCAGGCGCAUCGGCGGGCUCGGGUCUCCAGCCCGGCGGGGCGGAGGAACAGGGUCUGCGGGGCGGGGACUCGGGGCCGUAGCGGGGCGCUCACACGCGGGCGGGGCGAUCCGGGGUACGGGCCCUUGGCGCGACUGGCCAGGCUCCCAGAGCGCCGGCGCCGCCCAUGGCCGAACCGCUCCAGCCAGACCCCGGGGCGGCCGAGAACGCGGCGGCCGAAGCCGUAGAGACGCCAGGCUGGAAGGCCCCGGAGGACGCGGGCUCCCAGCCCGGAAGUUAUGAGAUCCGACAAUAUGGACCAGCCAAGUGGGUCAGCACGUCCGUGGAGUCUAUGGACUGGGAUUCAGCCAUCCAGACGGGCUUUACGAGACUGAACAGCUACAUUCAAGGCAAAAACGAGAAAGAGAUGAAAAUAAAGAUGACAGCUCCAGUGACAAGCUACGUGGAGCCUGGUUCAGGUCCUUUUAGUGAGUCUACUAUUACCAUUUCCCUGUAUAUUCCCUCUGAACAGCAAUUUGAUCCGCCCAGGCCUUUAGAGUCAGAUGUCUUCAUUGAAGAUAGAGCCGAAAUGACUGUGUUUGUACGGUCUUUUGAUGGAUUUUCUAGUGGCCAAAAGAAUCAAGAACAACUUCUGACAUUAGCAAGCAUUUUGAGGGAAGAUGGAAAAGUUUUUGAUGAGAAGGUUUACUACACUGCAGGCUACAACAGUCCUUUCAAAUUGCUUAAUAGAAAUAAUGAAGUGUGGUUGAUUCAAAAAAAUGAACCCACCAAAGAAAACGAAUGAGAAAAAUGAAAGGAAGUUCCACUGUCAGAGGCAAAACGUCUGUUUAUCAUAGACACCAACGUGACCUCUAAGUAAAGUGCAUGUCUAGUGUCUUCUGUUGAGAAUACUACUAUUAAUGAAGCUUAUUUCCAAUGUGCCUUUUAAUGCUUGAAGUUUUAUCUACAUACACAGGUAACAGAGGACAGUAGUCUGUAAACAUAUAAAUUGGUCAUAACUAUGGCGGUCUUUAUUUCUGUGAGGAUCUAGGGAAAUUUCACGUCACUUCCCUCUUCUUCACUGCAUCACAAUCAUAUUUCCUUUUUUUUCUUGGAUUUGUGUCAGUUGGAUGAUACCCGCUCCAGAUAGUAUCAAUAAAAAUGUUAAAAAUUUAUCUUGUGUGGAACCACUAGGCUGGCAGGCCCGGAGAGGUGAAAUUCAGUUGGACACAAAAAUCAAAUUGUCUUUUGUGGCUGCCACCAUUACAUUCUCUGUUGUAUGUAUUACAUUCCCUCCCGCAUCCUUCCACUGCCCCACUGCCCCACUGCACAGGAAUACUCCAUUUAACUCCAUUUAAACGUAGUGAAUUCAUUCCUUUCUUUCUAGUCUCCACUUAACCCCCUAAAAAUCUUGCUUUUUCCCCUAAACAUUUCACCGAACUGUCACGUAUUUUCAUUCAUUCUUGAACUCAUUGUAGGGAGCCCCUGCUCUGUUCCAAGCACUCGGCUAAGGUAAGAAAAUCUGUGUCCCAAGCCCCUCAUCACUGACUUCCUCUUUACUAACUUCAACAACAUCUUUCCACCUCCUUAACUAUUUCAUUCACCCUCCCACUGUGAACACGACAGAUAAGGCCCCUGGCCUCAUGGAGUUUACAUUCUAGAGGGUGAGGGAGUUCAACACAAAUAAGAUACUUGAAACUGGCAAGCGUGAUGAAGAACCGAAAUAGGGCAGUGGGGUAGAGUGUGGUUAGGUAGGGUGUGGUGGGCAUCACAUAAAGUGGUCAGCAAAGGCCUCUCAAGAGACAGUUGAGACUUGGAUGACGAGGAGUUGUCAGAUGAAAGCCAGGGGCAGACGUGACAGUGUUAAAGGGAGAGGCCAUGUUUGGUACCUAGAACAAAAAGCUGCACACACUGCUGAGCAAGAGAGCACUGUAGGGCACGGUCUUGUAGGGCACGGUCUGUCCUGAUAAAGAAAACUGCUGACCUUACGCAGGGUUUUAGGAAGGAUUAACAGACUUUCAAAAGCAUUUAGGAGUUGAUCGAGCUUUAGUUGUGGAGAUGCAGUUACCAGAGUGAGGCCGCUGCUGAUUAGCAUGAUUUAGAAGCCUGGUUUGGAGGUGAGGUGACUGAUGUGAAAUUGUCAUUGAUUGUUUCUGGUACUUAAUUGUUACUAUGACCAAAGAAUGGUCAGUUUUAUUCUGGGAAUUGAAGUUGUAGUAGACAACGUGAGGUGUGCCACUCAAAUUUACCUUCAAGAAAGUACCAGCCGGCCAGUUGUGAGGGGUGUGGUUCGCUGACAGUCUCCCCUGUUACUGUCUUCAGGGUCCACGCCAGAUUUCAAGAUAAGGAUACACUAUUCUAUGGGAGAGAGGGGGACCUAGUCAAAACUGAGCAAGGUAGUGGUAGCUGACAGCAUGCUUUUUUUCUGGCAACGUCCAGCCAAUAACUGAGCAAGGUGGUGGUAUAAGACCUAGCCAUUUAGGCCAGGUGCAGUGGCUCACAUCUGUAAUUCCAGCACUUUGGGAGGCUAAGGUGGGAGGAUAGAUUGAGCCCAGCAGUUCAAGACCAGUCAAAGCAACCCAGUGAGACUGUCUGUCCAAAAAAUAAAAAAUUAGCCAAGUGUGGUGGCACACGCCUAUAGUCCCAGCUACUUAGGAGGCUGAGGUGAAAGGAUUGCUUGAGCUUGGGAGGCGAAGUUGCAGUGAGUCAUGAUCAUGCCACUGCACUCCAGCCUGGGUGACAGAGUGAGACCCUGUCUCAGGAAGAAAAAAAAAAGAAAGACCUAGUCAUUUCUACCAGCUUGAAACCCCUCUAAUAAACAGCCUCUGCUCUGGA